CCAUGCAGGCAGUCAAGACGAAGGAGGGAAACAUGCCAUGCAAGCCCCAACUCCCUUUUUCCUUCUCACGGCGACGACGGCUCCCUCCCCUCGCAGCCCGCUGCUAACCCGCCGCCCGGGCUUAGCUCGUGCCUACCGCUCGCAUUAUCAUUCUUGCCCACUCCGAGGGUGGGAGAGACGGCGGCCGGGAGCGACAGACAAUGGCGGCGACGGCCGCGGCGCCUGCUCCUGCUGCCGUCGCCAGCAGCAGCAGCAGCAGCCCUGGUAGUGCCAACAGUGGCGGCAGCACAUUCCACCAGCAGCAGCUGGAGCCCUGUCUGAGGAAGCCGCCGCCGCUGCGCAUGGACCCUCGGCGCAGGCAGGCAGCGCUCUCUUUCCUGACCAACAUCUCUCUGGACGGCCGGCCGGUGCUGCAGGACGACGAGGGCGGCGGAGGGGAAGAGAACGGCGGCAGCGCUGCUGCUGCAGAGGCGGCGGCGGCGGCGAGGGCUGCUGCUUGCAAUAGCUGCAGCGCUAGGUCUCGCUACAGCCUCUCGGGCGCUUUGCAGUCGCCCGCCCCGCAGCAGCAGCAGUAUGGGGCUUACCCCGGCGCUUGCAGCAGCAGCAGCUGCAGCGCCAGACCCAUGAGCCCCUUGGGGGCGGCGGGCGAGCAGCAGCAGCAGGAAGACGACGUCGAGGAGGAGGACGAAGAUGCCUUUGCCAGCGUGCAGGUGCCAGCCGCCCCCAGCGCCUUCCCGGGCUCCUCCGGGACCCCCUCUGCGAGCGGCGCAAGGGGUCGCCUCAACUCUUUUACUCAGGGAAUCCUGCCCGUCUCCUUCGCUAGAGCCGUCCCGCAGAACUAUUGCUGCCUGGAGCAAGGCCAGGUGGGCACCAGCGCCUUCGAGCUCCAGAGGUCCCGACGUCGGUUGAUUUCCCAGAGGUCUUCAUUGGAGACUUUGGAAGACAUUGAAGAAAAUGCGCCCUUACGGAGGUGUCGGACUCUGUCAGGCUCACCCAGACCAAAGAACUUUAAGAAGGUUCACUUCAUCAAGAACAUGCGUCAGAAUGAUACGAGGAGUGGCAGAAUAGUCCUUAUUAGUGGCAGAAGAUCAUUUUGCAGCAUAUUUUCAGUGCUGCCAUAUCGGGACUGUAGCCACGUUGGAGAGAUGAAAACAGAAGGUGGGAGGCAAUGUCAUUCUACCACAGGAGUUUGCUUGAAAGACAUAGUUGGCCUUGAAGGUGUGGAAUUGGGAGCUAAUGGGAAGACUGUUUCUUACACCCAGUUUCUCUUUCCAACCAAUGCCUUUGGAGCACGGAGGAACACCAUAGACUCCACCUCAUCCUUCUCGCAAUUUCGCAAUGCAAGCCAUCGUAGCCUUUCAUUGGGAAGGGCGAACAGCACGCAAGGGAGCAUUGAUGCAGGCAGUGACUUGGGGGAUUAUAUUGAAUACAACCCUAAUCUUUUAGAUGAUCCUCAAUGGCCAUGUGGGAAGCACAAGCGGGUGUUGAUAUUCCCUUCCUAUAUGACGACAGUCAUUGAUUAUGUGAAGCCAUCAGACCUUAAGAAAGAUAUGAAUGAAACCUUCAAGGAGAAGUUCCCUCACAUCAAGUUGACGCUCAGUAAAAUAAGAAGCCUGAAGCGAGAGAUGCGCAAACUAGCUCAAGAAGAGUGUGGUUUUGAGGAGCCCACUGUGGCCAUGGCCUUUGUCUAUUUUGAGAAGCUUGCUCUCAAGGGAAAACUGAACAAGCAGAACAGAAAGCUUUGUGCUGGAGCCUGUGUCCUGCUGGCUGCCAAAAUUGGCAGUGACCUCAAAAAGCAUGAAGUCAAACAUCUUAUAGAUAAACUGGAAGAGAAGUUCCGGUUGAACAGGCGAGAGCUGAUUGCCUUCGAAUUCCCAGUGUUAGUGGCCUUGGAAUUUGCUCUCCAUCUGCCUGAACAUGAAGUAAUGCCACAUUACAGACGUUUGAUCCAGAAUUCCUAGCACAGGCUACCCUUCCAAGAAGGGGGAGGGGUUUUAAAACUAUUUUCUAUUGUGCUCAAAAGUGCAGCAAUUACUACUGGAAAUGGAAAAAUGGGAUGCAGAUGCUCCAACACCUUUUAUUCUCUUUUCAGUGCGGCUUUUCAACCAGUUAAAAAGAUUAAAGCAGUGAAUUCCUUAAGACUCUCAGGCUAGAUGAACUGUUGACUCAGUGCAAGUGAUGAAUGAGUUGCAUGUAACUGAACUGUGGGUAGAGCAGAUUCAUAUCAUGUGGACCAAAUGAAAACUUCCUUGAGUUGUCCAUAGCAUUCCUGCAAGAAUGAGGAUUAACAGCAGCCUUCACUUCACGCUUAUUUUUUGGCUAUCCCAUUUACUUAUUUGGAGCUUCAUCAGUUUUCCUACAAGCAACUGGUUUCCAGCUUACAGAAAUGACAGGUUGUGGUAUCUUCACUGUGUCAACGAUGUGCCAAUCUAUUUUUGUAUCUGCUAUUGAAAGUGCACUUUUCCUGGUGGUGGGUGGAUUGUUUAUUUGAGAGUGAAACACGGAACAAGUUUGGAACCAGGUGGCAACCUUGGAUCAUUGCUGUGAUAUUGUUUACUAAAGACCAGAGGACAACUUUUUCUCUAUUUGCUUAAACAAAACUACUGAAAGGGAGGCAUAUGGGUUCAUUUGAAUAACCUCAGAUGAUAUUUUGUAAGCCCUGAUUGUUUGAGUUUCCCCCUCACCAACUUUUAUUUUUGGGUUUAUAUGUUUAUAUUUUUGUGUUUAUAGUAAUUAUACUACUACUAAAAAAAGAAUAGGAGAAAAAAGACUAGACAUAAAACAGAAACCAAGAACGAAUCUUACGUUUUCCCAUUUGUACGUAGUGCCAUUCAGUAAGGAGGACAGAUGUAGUUUUGGAAACAUCUUGUUUUAAGCCACACGCGUAUUUCUAACCUCUGCACUUUUCCUUCCGUGGAGAUGGUUAGGCUUGCACUCUGUAGUGUUUGUAUUUUGUGCUCUAUGUUAGAGUGCAUUCUGAGGCACAUUGAUGGUGCUGUAUGUUUAAACAGUGUUUUCUAAAACAAACCCGUACAGCCGAAAAGCAAAAUCGGCAGUCUAGGGCCUUGAUAGCGGAUACGCACCUCAAUGUGGGUAAUUUUUGUUGUUGCCGAGUUAUUAUUUUUAAUGCGAAUUGACUGUACAAAAUCAGAUUUUGAGAGCAGAGGCCACUGCAGUUGCUACAUUUUUCAUACUUCUCUGAUAUUUCACUAUUCUGGAAUCUUAUAGUACUUAACUGUGUUCGUAAAUUACAAAGUCCAGGGUGGGAAAGCGCAAAACCCAAACCGAAUCUCCAUCUCUAUCCUGUUUUCUAAAUAACUGUAUGUGUGUAUAAUCAUAUAAAAAUACCUAUGAGAAGAUAAUGACAGCUGGAUAUGCUUGGUAAUAUGCUAAAGGACAUGCAUCAAAGAAUUAAAUUACUAUUUUUAUAUAUAGUUAAUGUACAUGUUCCACUUUUUCCAGUGCUGAUUCACUUGACACAGUCCAAGACGGGCACAAUAAUUUCAAUAAAGUCAAAUACUUUACUGUU